UAUUAUUAUUAUUAUUGUUAUUAUUAUUUAUUCGUUUCCGACGAAAUUCGUCUGUGAUCAUGUCCGCGUCCCCGUUUGCCAGACAGGCGACCGAUUCUAAAGCCAUUCCCACCAGGAAAGUCUUUUUGAACGAUCCCUCCGAACUACCCUCGCAGUAUUCGAGCACGCCCGGCGGCACUUUAUACUCCACAACGCCUGGUGGAACAAAAAUUGUGUACGAAAGGAACUUUCUGAUGAACUUGAAGAACUCCCCGAUCUCAAAAACGCCACCGACAUACGACAUUCCCGAGAACCUGCUUAGGGGAAGUCCAAACAGACCGUCACCAAGGAACGGCCUGCACAUCCCGAAGAAGCAGUACACCACGCCAAAGCAAAACCAUCACGACGAAGACCAAUUCCAGAUCGAGCUCUAGUCCCGUUUAGUACUUAGGUUACGGGAAUCCACAAAUUUAAAAUGGGAUGGAAUUUUUUGGAUUAUGUGAAUUUGACUGAGUGAUUUGUGGAAGUCCUUUUAGAUUUAAGAUUGUGUAUAUUUAGGAUCAAUGUCGGAGCAUUUUGAUUUGUUUUUUUUAUGUGCCUGACACACGGAUUUGUAUGUCGUGUUGAUAUUAUUAAGUGUUUCUGUUUUCAAGAAACUUUUUAUUUUGUUUUUAAUUAAAACUAAUAAACGAAAAUUAUAAACUA